CUGAGGCUCUGGGAUUUAUCUGAGUUUUUCUCUUUGUUUUCCGGGAUUUCACUGGAACAACCCAUGAGUCGGACGCGCCGUUUAGACUCAGUAAACCCUGGAGGAUUACAGUAAGAGGACCAUGGAUAACUUCUUCACCGAGGGUGAGCGGGUUUGGUUACGGGAGGAUGAGCAGUACCUUCCCAGCACCGUGUCCUCCUGCUCCGGAGGCGUUGUUGUCUUCGCUACCGACUACGGCCAGGUUUACACCUACAAGCAGAACGCCCUCACCAGGCAGAAGGUCCAGCCGAUGCACCUCAGCAGCGUAGCCGGCGUGGAGGACAUGGCGGCACUGGAGGACCUCCAUGAUGGAGCCAUCAUGCACAACCUGUUCCUGAGAUACCAGCAGAGACACAUCUAUACGUACAUCGGCUCCAUCCUGGCGGCGGUGAAUCCCUACCAGCCGCUGCCCGGCCUCUACGACCGGCCGGCGGUGGAGCUCUACAGCCGCCACCACCUGGGAGAAAUCUCACCACACAUCUUCGCCGUCGCCAACGAGUGCUACCGCUCGCUGUGGAAGAGGCUGCAGAACCAGUGUGUCCUCAUCAGUGGUGAAAGCGGAGCCGGUAAAACUGAAAGCACCAAACUGAUCUUGAAGUUCCUGUCGGCGAUGAGCCAACACUCGCUGGAGGCUUCGUCCAGAGACAAGACGUCCCACGUGGAGGAGGCUCUGCUGGAGAGCAGUCCCAUCAUGGAGGCCUUUGGGAACGCCAAAACCGUCUACAACAACAACUCCAGCCGCUUCGGGAAGUUUGUCCAGCUGCACUUCAGCCAGAAGGGGAACAUCCAGGGAGGCCGGAUCGUCGACUACCUCUUAGAGAAGAACCGAGUCGUCCGUCAGAACCCCGGGGAGAGAAACUACCACAUCUUCUACGCCAUUUUAGCCGGAACCAACAGCCAGCAGAGAGAGGCGUUGGGUUUGACGCAUCCCGACAGCUACCACUACCUGAGACAGUCCAGCUGCCAUGGCGACGAGACAAUCAAUGACAAGGGCACCUUUCAGGAUGUUCUGAAUGCAAUGCGAACGAUGCAGUUCACGGAGGAGAACAUCGGUGAGGUUCUACGUCUGCUGGCCGGGAUUCUUCACACAGGAAACAUCGAGUUCAUGACGGCCGGAGGAGCUCAGGUCUCCUCCAAGUCAGCUCUGAACCGAACCUCAGAACUUCUGGGUCUGAACUCAGAACAGCUUUCUGAAGUUCUAACUCACCGAUCCAUGAUCCUCAGAGGAGAGGAGAUCUCCACCCCGCUGACUGUGGAACAGGCGGUGGACUCCAGAGACUCCAUGGCGAUGGCACUUUAUUCUCAGUGUUUCAACUGGAUCAUCCGGAAACUCAACAACCGCAUCCGAGGAAGAGAAGACUUCAAGUCCGUCAGCAUCCUGGACAUCUUCGGCUUCGAGAACUUUGAGGUGAACCGCUUCGAACAGUUCAACAUCAACUAUGCAAACGAGAAGCUGCAGGAAUAUUUCAACAAACACAUUUUCUCUCUGGAGCAACUUGAAUACAACAAAGAAGGCCUCGUCUGGGUCGACAUCAACUGGAUGGACAACGGAGAAUGUCUGGAUCUGAUCGAGAAGAAACUGGGUCUCCUGGCACUGAUGAAUGAGGAGAGUCAUUUCCCCAAAGCUACAGACGACACUUUACUGGAGAAACUCCACAGCCAGCACUCGAAGAACUCUUUCUACGUGAAACCUCGCGUCGCCGUUCACUACUUUGGAGUUCGACACUACGCUGGAGAGGUGGUGUAUGAUGUGAGGGGGAUGCUGGAGAAGAACCGAGACACCUUCAGAGACGACAUCCUCAACAUGCUGAGAGAGAGCAGGUUGGAUUUCGUCUAUGAUUUGUUUGAACACGUUUUGAGCCGAAACAAGCAGGACACCCUGAAGAUGAGCACCAAGCACCGGCGGCCCACCGUCAGCUCCCAGUUUAAGGAUUCCUUACACUCCCUGAUGGCGACGCUCAGCACCUCCAACCCAUAUUUCAUCCGAUGCAUCAAACCCAACACACACAAGAUGCCCGACCAGUUCGACCAGACGGUGGUUCUGAACCAGCUCAGAUACUCCGGCAUGUUGGAGACGGUGAAGAUCCGAUGCACCGGUUUCCCCAUCCGGAGACCUUUCCAGGACUUCUGUUCCAGGUACCAGGUGCUGAUGCGAGGCGUGUUGACGUCUGAUGACCCCAGGGGGUGCUGCAUCCAGCUGCUGCAGCUCUACGACAGCAGCAGCACAGACUGGCAGCUGGGAAAGACCAAGGUUUUCCUCCGGGAGUCUCUGGAGCAUCGGCUGGAGAAGCAGAGGGAGGUGGAGGUCCUGAAGGCAGCUAUGAUCAUCCAGGCUCACGUCAUGGGCUACAUGGCCAGGAAGCAGUACAGGAAGCUGCUGCAGUGCAUCGUGGUCAUUCAGAAGAACUACCGAGCCUUCUACUGGAGGAGGAAGUUCCUGCUGCUCCGCUGGGCGGCGCUCACCUUCCAGAAACGUCUGCGAGGGCAGCUGGCCCGCCGAGCCUUCAGCCAGCUGCUGGAGGACCGCAGGAGGAGGGAGGAGGAGCAGGAGGAGCUCCGCAGAAGGCUGGAGGAGGAGCAGGAGGAGCUCCGCAGAAGGCUGGAGGAGGAGAUGGAGAGGGAGAGACGGAGGCUGGAGGAAGAGAGACUCUCCAGAGAGGCUGAAGAGGCCAGAAGACUGGAGGAGCUGCAUCGAGCUGAGGAACUCGUUUCUCUGGUUUUGUCUGAACCUACAGUAGUGGCGGCGACGUUGCCAGAUGCUCUGGAGGAGCUGGAGUCGGCUGAAGCCUCCGAGGAGGCCUCAGAGCCGGAGGAGGCCAUCCGUCCUCACGAGGCGUCUCAGGUGGAGGAGAUCCUUCGACUGGAGCGGGAGAUCCAGGUGCUGCAGAGGCAGAAGGAGCGUCAGGAGCUCUCUUUGACCGAGGCCUCCCUGAACCGCCUGCAGCUCCUCCGUGACCAGGAGCUCCGGCGGCUGGAGGACGAGGCCUGCAAGGCGGCGCAGCAGUUCCUCGAGUCCCUGAACUUUGAUGAGAUCGACGAGUGCGUGAGGAACAUCGAGAGCUCCCUGGGAGUAGGCGAAGGCAACGACAAGAAGGAGAAUGGACGGAGAAGAGGCAACGAUGAAGAGGAGGUGGAUGAAGGCUUCGGCGCCGAUGACGAGGCCUUCAAAGACUCGCCAAACCCGAGCGAGCACGGACACUCAGAUGGCCAGCGGACGAGCGGCAUCCGAACCAGCGACGACUCGUCUGAAGAAGACCCGUACGCCAACGACGGCGUGAUCCCGCCGCUGCCACCCACCAGCCUGCUCAACCAGCCGCUGCCGGCUCCUCCAGGGCCGCCGGCCUGCCACAGCACCUCCUCCAGCGGGGACUCGGCCUACUGCCACCCCCAGGCUUCAUCCGAGGCCCAGUCCGACGACCUGGUGGAGCUGAUUCCUCCCGAUGAGGAUUCAGACUAUGACCAGGACGACUAUGACGAGGGCGCCAUCGUGUCCAGCGGCAGUGUGGCCUUCUCCAACCCUCGCAGCGGCCAGUGGUCUCCGGACUACCGCGGCUCCGUGGGAACCUACAACAGCUCUGGAGCUUAUCGCUUCAGCUCGGAGGGGGCUCAGUCAUCGUUUGAGGACAGCGAGGACGACUUCGACAGGUUUGACACGGAUGACGAGCUUUCGUAUCGCCGGGACUCCGUCUACAGCUGUGUGACGCUUCCUUACUUCCACAGCUUCCUCUUCAUCAAAGGCGGUCUGAUGAACACGUGGAAGCGGCGCUGGUGCGUUCUGAAGGACGAGACCUUCCUGUGGUUCCGGGCCAAGCAGGAGGCGCUGAAGCAAGGCUGGCUGCACAAGAAGGGCGGAGGUUCGUCCACGCUGUCCCGACGCAACUGGAAGCGCCGCUGGUUCGUUCUGAGGCAGAACAAGCUCAUGUACUUCGAGAAUGACGGCGAGGACAAGAUGAAGGGGGUUCUGGACAUGCACAGCGCCAAAGAAAUCAUCGAUAACACCGGUAAGGAGAAUGGAAUCGACAUCGUGAUGCCAGAGAGGACCUACCAUCUGAUCGCAGAGUCUGCAGAGGACGCCAGUCAGUGGUUCAGCGUGCUGAGUCAGGUCCACGCCUCCACCGAGCAGGAGAUCAGGGAGAUGCACGACGAGCAGGCAAACCCUCAGAACGCCGUGGGAACGCUGGAUGUGGGGAUGAUUGAUUCAGUUUGUGCCUCUGAUAAUCCAGAGAGGCCGAACUCCUUCGUCAUGAUCACGGCCAACCGAGUGCUGCACUGCAACGCCGACACCCCCGAGGAGAUGCACCACUGGAUCACUCUGCUGCAGCGCUCCAAAGGAGACACUCGAGUCGACGGACAGGAGUUCAUCAUCCGAGGCUGGCUGCACAAAGAGAUGAAGAAUAGCACCAAGGCCUCCCUGAAGCUGAAGAAGCGCUGGUUCCUGCUUACCCACAACUCCCUGGACUACUACAAGAGCUCGGAGCGCAACGCCCUGAAGCUGGGAACGCUGGUGCUGAACAGCCUCUGCUCGGUGGUCCAGCCAGACGAGAAGGUCUUCAAGGAGACCGGUUACUGGAACGUGAUCGUGUACGGACGGAAACACUCAUACCGCCUCUACUGUAAGCUGCUGAAUGAAGCCACGCGAUGGGCCAACUCCAUCCAGAACGUCAUUGACACCAAAGCUCCCAUCGACACGCCGACGCAGCAGCUCAUCCAGGACAUCAAGGAGAACUGCCUGAACUCGGAGGUGGUGGAGCAGAUCUACAAGAGGAACCCCAUCCUCCGCUACAGCCACCACCCGCUGCAUUCACCGCUGCUGCCGCUGCCCUACGGAGACAUCCACCUCACCGCUCCGAGGAGCCGAAGCUACACGACUCUGCAGGAUGAAGCCCUGAAGGUGUUCAGCUCCCUGCAGCACCUGGAGGGCGUGGCUGACCCGGUUCCCAUCAUCCAGGGUGUCCUGCAAACCGGACAGGAGCUCAAGCCACUGCGUGACGAGCUCUACUGCCAGCUGAUCAAGCAAACCACGCGACCACCACAGCCCGGCAGCCCCGGAAACCUCUGCAGCUGGAAGAUCCUGGCCUGCAUGUCUUGCACCUUCAUCCCCACCAGAAGCAUCCUCAGAUACCUCAAGUUCCACCUGAAGAGGACUCGCGAGCUCUUCCCCAGCUCAGAGAUGGACCGAUACGCCGCCUUCGCCGCCGACUGCUUGAGGAAGACUCGAACCCGGGAGAACGUGCCGUCGCAGGAGGAGAUCCGGUCCAUUGUGGCCAGGCAGGAGAUGAGCACCACAGUCCACUGCCAUGGAGGAGGCUCCUGCAAGAUCACCAUCAACUCCCACACCACGGCAGGAGAGGUUGUGGAGAAACUGAUCCGCGGUUUGGCCAUGGAGGACAGUAGGAACAUGUUCGCUCUGUUUGAACACAACGACGCCGCUGAGAAAGCCAUCGAGAGCCGCACAGUUGUGGCCGACGUGCUUGCCAAGUUUGAAAAGCUUUCAGCAAGCCCCGACGAACACAACACCGGCUGGAAGUUUUACUUCAAACUCUACUGCUUCCUGGACACCGACAACGUUCCCAAAGAUAGUGUGGAGUUCGCCUUCAUGUUCGAACAGGCCCAUGAAGCAGUGAUCCGUGGCCAGUAUCCGGCCCCUGAGGAGACCCUCCAGUUCCUGGCUGCUCUGAGGCUUCAGUACCUGCUGGGUGACCACAGCUCCCGGGCCACCAUCCCAGAAAUCUCCCAGGUGUUCCCCAUGGCGCGAUUGCGGGCCCGGGUGCAGAACUCGGCCAAGACGUUCGCCUCAGGUGCCAGCGGCUCGGUGGCCGAGCGCUCAGGAACUUCGGAGAGGAAACGCUCGAGCUUCCUGGAGGGAACGCUGAGGCGGAGCUUCAGGAGCGGAUCUCUCAGCCGCCAGAAGCUGGAGGAGGAGAACAGCCUGGAGGCCUGGAUGAGGGAGGAGGUGGCAGCGGUCCGAACCAGCGUCAUGGACAAGUGGAAGAAGCUGCAGGGGAUGAACCAGGAGCAGGCCAUGGUCAAGUACAUGGCGCUGGUGAAGGAGUGGCAGGGAUAUGGAUCCACGCUGUUCAACGUCGAGUGUCGGGACGGAGCGUUUCCUUCGGAGUUGUGGCUGGGCGUGAGCAGAGAGGCCAUAUCGGUGUACAAACGAGGAGAGCUCUGGCCUCUGGAGGUUUUCCCGUACGAACAGAUCCUCUCGUUCGGAGCUCCUCUUCCCAACGCCUACAAGAUCGCCGUGGAGGGCCGAGAGCUGGUCUUCGAAACCCAGAUGGUCAUGGACAUCGCCAAGCUGAUGAAGGCCUACAUCAGCAUGAUCGUCAAGAAGCGCUACAGCAACUGUCAGUCGGUGAGCAGCCACGGCAGCCAGUGUAGCGCCUGGUGAACCGUCAACCUCCAACCCUACGGUGCAGCUCUGGAUGUCCGUCCUCUGGAUGUCCGUCCUCUGGAUGUCCGUCCUCUGCACCGACUGACUCUGAAUGCUGGAGACAAACCAUGAUGCUCUUAAUGUUAACUAGCUCAGAUUGUUGUUGUUAUUUGUCGACUAGUUUAAUUCCAAAACUUUACACAUCCGCUCUUGUUGGAGCAGAAGUUCAACGGUCAGUUGAAGGCAUCAAACUUCAGCCUCAACAUGGAUCUGCUCCGAUAAAGUGUCCUUAAAGUGUCACUGUCAGACUCUGCUCACCAAAAAAAUGUGCAUUCCAGAAUUGAAUCAAGGAGUUAGAUUAAAGACAGAAGGAAAACGUUCAAAUUCAAAAAAUGCUGGCCUUUGGAAGGAGGUCAAAGAAGAAGCGAUCAGAUCGACAAGAAGCUGCAGGAAGUUGACCUGAUCUCAGAUUCCAACAUUUCCUGUUACAAAAGAUCUGCAGCAAAAGCACAAAGACUCUAGGAAGAAAUGAUAUCAGGAAAACUAUUGGUGAUUUUGGAUCUUCUGAGCUUAAAAACUCAAGUGUUUUGAUCCUGAAGGCACCAAGCCUUCCAUUAUUCUGUUUUUACAUCGAUGAGCAGUGAUGUAAUUCUCGCCUUGGAACUUUUAUUUUAAAGUGAUGUCAGUUAAAUACACAGCGUUGUAUCCUCACUCCUCCUCUCUUCUUGAGAUGCAUUUGAAGGAUUAAAACAUCCUAAAAAAUGGCACUGAGGAGACAUAGAAGCUCAGAACAGUGAAAUGAGACGAGUCUAAAGUCCUGAUGCAAAUCAUUGUAAUGAGACCGUGCAAGUUUAUGCAGUGUCUAGAUUUUAGUAUCAGAGUGGUCGAACCCACAGCCCAAAUACAGCGUUACAGUGGAAUGUUAGGCCAUUCUGGAAAACACCAAACUUUGAACACAUUUUUCUCCAAAACUACAGAAAGUGGGUCAGACCACUCUGCCUCCAAUUCAAUUCAAUUCAAUUAAUUUUAUUUAUAUAGCGCCAAGUACAGGUCAGAUUGUCUCAAGAUGCUUUACAGAACCCAUAUGCCUAAACCCCAGAGCAGCACUAAGGCAACAGUGGCAGGAAAACAAUCUUUUAACAGGGAAGCCAAACCCUUAGUGUCCAAGAUGCUUCAAAAUGAUCUGUAAGGAUUCAAAAUGUGUCCAAAAUGACUUGAAAAUGAUCCAGAAUUACUGAAAAUUUUCAAAUGAUCUAAAACGACAAAAAAUUGUUCCGAAUGACCUGAAAAUUGUCUAAAAUGACUGGAAAAUGAUCCAAAAUCAGUCAAAAUUUCUCUCAAAUGAUUAAAAAUGAUUCAGAAUGACACUAAAUUUGUCAAGGAUGCUUUAAAAGUCAUCCAAAAUGAAAAUGAUUCAAAAUAGCAGAAAAUUUGUCCAGAAUUACACAAAAGUUGUCAGAAAUGUCAAAACUCUUCCCAAAAUGGCUUAAAAAUGGACCAAAAUUACUUGAAUCUGAGUUUUGUGUAGUUCUGUGAUAUUCUAUGGUCUAGAUUCUAGUAUCAGAGUGGUCUAACCCACAACCCAAAUACAACGUUACAGAUGGAAUGUUAGACCAUUCUGGAAAACACUAAACUUUGAACCAGUUUUUCUCCACAACUACAGAAAGUGGGUCAGACCACUCUGCUUCCAAACCCUUAUCGUCAACCAGCUACAGAAACAAGGCGGAUGUGUCUCGUUUUGGAAGGAAACUUUUCAUUUUUUCCUGAUGUUAACCCACUGCGGUGCUACGAGGACUGUUGGUUUCUGAGGUUAUUAGUUCGUGUAACUGUGUGUGUGAGAGUUUUAGGCGUCUACAGGCUUUCCGAAUGUACAAAAAGAAAAGAAGAGGCGACCUACGAGCCUUUUCCUGCUCUGAGAAACUCGGGGACUCCUCCAGGACGAUCUGCUCACUGUAAAUAUUAUGCAACUGAACUCGCCUCGAGCAUUUGAAGUUUGUUCCGAGGUCACAAGUGCCUGUUUGAAGCCGAGCAGGACCAAUCAGACGCCGUCUCAUCAAUGCCACUCGUGUUCCUGUGUAGCCACAAUCUGAAAGGUGCUCCGACGUUCCCUUUAACUGCCAGUGUACUCUGCAGAGUUUACGUCCAGCCGUGUGAGUCUUUCAAGUCUGAAAUCUGUUUGUUUUUAACUGAACCAAAAGGAGAAGCAGACGAAAAUGUGCUUUUUGAGUACUAAGUUAUCUGUUUAGCUCAACUGCAGCAGUAAUGUUGGGAUUUUAAAGAGAGGAACUUAACAUUUUCUUCAAAUGUUCCAAACUGUGUGACAUCUGAGAUCUGAACAAUCUAGACCAGAGGUGUCAAACUCAUUUCAGUCCAGGUUUGACAUGGACAAACGACACAAAUGAGACAAAAACGAGACACAAAACGACAAAAAGUGAGACAAACGACACGAAACAAAAUAAAAAAGACAAAAAAUUAGACAAAAAAAACAAAACAACAAAAAAUGGGACAAACGACAAAAGUCGGACAAAAAACAACAAACACAAGACAAAAUAUUACAAAGAUGAGAUAAACGACAAAUAAAACAAAGGAGACAAAAAAUUAGACAAACAAGUUACAAAGCAACAAAAAAAGGAUAAAAACAAGACAAAAAAAUUACACAAAUGACACAAAAAUGACCAAAAAUGACAAAAGUGAGAAACAAAACAACAAAAAAGUAGAUUAACAACACAAGACAAAAACAAAAAACACAAAAUGACAAAAAUGAUACAAAACAUCAAAUAAAGCAAAACACAAAACAAAAGUCAGCCAAAAAACACCAAAAACAAGACCAAAUAUCACAAAAAUGAGACACAAAAUGACAAAAAUGAGGCUCAAAAUGACAAAAAUUAGAGAAAAUGACAAAUAUGAGACACAGAAUGACAAAAACGAGACAACAUGGCAAGAGCAAGAAACAAAAUGACAAAAAUGAGACUGAAUGGCAAAAUAAGGGAUACAACACGAAACAAAAUUUUAAAAACAAAAAAAUUAGACAAAAAAUACUAAACAAUGGACGAAGGACAAAAAACAAGACAAAAUAUUACAAAAAUGAGACAAAAAAACAAUGAAUAAUCUAGUAUUUUACUUUAUGAUCAAAACAACUUGUCAUGGUCUAGAAAUGAUUUUAAAUUUAUAGUUUUACUAAUUUACAGUCUGCAGUUAAUGUCUUCUCUGGAAUUUUUACAUCUUGAGGGCCGGAUUGGAUCCUCUGGAGGACCGCUUUUGGCCCGCGGGCCGAAUGUUGGACACCCCUGGCCUAGACUUGAAAACAGAUUCCUUGACUUUAGCUGUUUUAAGCGGUUCUUGCCGCCACUGUGAUGUUUGUCGCCCUCUGCUGGCCACAAGCUGGAAUUGCAACAACACAAUCGUCCCCUUAAACUCAAAGUGCUGUUUUUUUUUUGUUUUUUUUUUAGCGUUUAUUUGUACUUACAAACGUUACAGACAUUUGGAUUUCUGCGUGGUCGAACAGAUUUCGGUUUGAAGGACUUGCUCGGCUGGAGGGUUUGUGACGUAACAUUCCUACAACAUUUCACUGGAGCUCCGCGGGCGGCAGAUCCAUCCAAAGAUGCAGGUUUGUUCCACAGUGCCUUGUUGUAUAUUGUGUAUUUUGUUUUCCAUGUGUGGAUUCUUUUUUUUCUUUGGUAUAAUGUGCAAUGUUCUCUCUCUAUAUAUAUAUAUAUUCUAUAAUCAUGUGGCUGUACAUUUUAUACUGGAAGUCUUUGCCUUCUAUUUUUUUUGCCCAAUGAUGAACACAAAGCAAUUUUCUCAGAUCUUGUAUUUUUCUCGACGCAACGAUCGGACUGACGGUGGAAGUGUGACAGAAAACCGGUGUCUGUUUGUUUCUGUAUUAGCUGUGUUAUGUGUUGAGCUGUUGGUUUUAACAAGAAAUGGAUUAUAAUUUGG